CCUUUGCUGCUCCAUCGGUUACCAUGGAACGCUUCCAUGAUGAUGCUGAUUUGUUUCCCAGUCAUGAAUUCACCAUGCCCGGAAACCUUAUGCCGCCGCUGGAUGCCUUUUUCGGCAACCCCUAUCUUCAAUCCGACUCCGGUAGCCAUUCCAAUUCCACUCUCUUGACCCUCGGCAACCACAAUUCUUCCCCUUUCCUCAACUCCGAUUUAGCUCUAGUCGAAUCCCAAAUCGCCAGGCUCUCCCUCGCCCAGUCCCCGGCCUUCCUGUCGCCGCAGCCUAAUUACAAUGACAGCCGCCGUAGCUACGCGGAGAGAAACGGCAUCUAUGAGAUGAGGCAGAUGAGGGUCCAAUCGGCAGCGAGAGGGUUCCAAAUCAACUCCGAUUUUGAGGACUUCUGGAUGAGCAACAACUCGGCUUAUGAUCAUCAUAACAUUAAUAUUAACAUGGGUUAUAAUCAUCAUCAAGGGGCGAAUUCGAUGGAGGUGGAGAGGUACUACGGGAGGACGUGGCGGCCGCGGCAGAGGGCGAGCCUGACGUCGCUGGAGGAUUUGAGGGGGAAGGUAUUCGCGGUGGCUAGGGACCAGCAGGGGUGCAGAUUCCUACAGAGUAAGUUCGAGGAGGGGAAGGUGGAGGAUAUUGAGAUGAUUUUCAUGGAGCUCAAGGAUCAUAUUUGUGAGUUGAUGGUCGAUCAGUUUGGGAAUUAUCUUGUUCAGAAGUUUCUCGCCAUCUGCAAUCAUGACCAGAUGACGCAGCUGCUCAUGAAUGUCGUUAGCGACGAAUACAGAUUCAUGAAUAUCUGCGUUAACACGCACGGAAGCAGAUCUGUGCAGAAAUUGUUGGAGUAUUUGACGACGGCGGACCAAAGGCGUUUCGUUAUUUCUGUUCUGAAGCGUAUAACUCUUCCUCUUACAAAAGAUCCGAAUGGCCAUCAUGUCAUUCAGUAUUGCUUGAAGUUAUUUACUUUUGAAGAAAAAAAGCAUAUACUGAACGUGAUAGCCGAUCACUGUAUGGAGAUAGCCACGGACAAGAACGGUUGCUGCGUUCUCCAACUCUGUGUGGAGCACUCUGCGGGCGACACACGCGACCGCCUCAUUUCUGAAAUCAACAACAACGCCAUCAUGCUUUCUGAACAUCUCUAUGGCAACUAUGUGGUUCAGUACAUACUGGGGCUGAAAAUACCGCAGGCGACAGCGGACAUAAUCACCCAGCUGCGUGGGAGCUUCGUGCCUUUGUCGAUGAGCAAAUACGGGUCGAAUGUGGUGGAGAAGUUCUUGAAGGAGAAAGAAAUAAUACAAGAGAGCCAAAGGGUGUCAAUCAUAGAGGAAAUCAUCUACAGCCCUCAUUUCUUGAGAGUUCUUCAAGAUCCCUACGGAAACUACGUUGCUCAGACUUCCUUUGCAGCAUCAAAGGGAGGUCUGCGGAGUGCGAUGGUAAGUCUGAUUCAGGCGAAUACUCCCAACUUGCAUAGCCAUCCACAUGGAAAGCGUGUGCUUCAGUGUAUCAAAGGAAACAAGAUGCGUUUAUGAUCACAGCUUCCUUGUCUGUCUGUUUCUCUCCCAACCUCCCAUUUUUCUACUUAACUUCGUCUUGUUGGAUUGCUUCCUUCUCUCCUCUCCCUCUCUGUGUUUGUUUUCGUGUUGUUUGUUGUGGUUUUCUUAGAACUAUGUUUUGUCUGGUUGGUUGGGAGGCAUUUGUUAUUAACUGAGGCAGUUA